CAGCUGAUAAAAUGUAAAUAAACAACCUUCGGAAAGAUUCCCUAACAGUAGGGUGGCCCCAAAACGUGAUCGCUGGAAGUCGUAUAUCACUCCGUUUUUUGCCGAAAAUAAAGAGGGAAAGUUUUGAUUUAGUAUGGCGGCCAAAUUAACAAGGCGCCUCCCAACACCAAAUCAUCAUGGAUAUAGUGUCAAGUUUUGCCCGUUCAACAAAGAUAUUAUUGCAGUUGCAUCAGCACAGAAUUUUGGUUUAUCUGGUGGAGGAAUGUUGAUAGUCAAAAAUCUGAAUGCACCUGGUGAUGGCACAGUUAGCACGUGUGUAUGGGCAGAUGGCCUGUUUGAUUUGACUUUUAGUGAACAAACACCAAACUGCAUUGUCACAGCCUCAGGGGAUGGUUCCCUGCAGCUAUGGGAUAUAACAAAAUCACAGGCCCCUAUAAUGGUCUACCGUGAGCACCAAAAGGAAGCAUACAGUUUAGACUGGACCCAGACUAGAGAUAGCCAGCUCUUUGUCUCUUCAUCUUGGGAUGGAACUAUAAAACUGUGGGAUCCAAAUCGAGAGAAAUCCUUGUUGACAAUGCAGGGUCAUGAAGCCUUAGUAUAUCAGGCUAUCUGGUCGCCACACAUCACUGGGUGUGUUGCAUCAGUGUCAGGUGAUCAUACAUUAAGAAUAUGGAACACCAAGAAAGAUGCCAGACCUGUAAUGUCAAUAAGAGUUAAUCAGGGAGAAGUGCUUACGUGUGAUUGGUGUAAAUAUAACCAAAAUAUCAUUGCCACUGCUGGUACUGAUUGCAAGAUAUGUGGAUGGGAUCUUCGACGACCAGGAGAACCCGUUUAUGUACUUCAGGGUCAUGGGUAUCCUGUACGCAGAAUUAAAUAUUUUCCAUUUGCUGAAACCCAGCUAGCUUCAGUAUCCUAUGACUUAACAACAAGAAUAUGGGACCAUUCACUACCAAACCCCAGCUUAUCUGUUUUGGAAACCCACAGUGAAUUUGUCUAUGGUCUAGAUUUUUCAAACCAUGUUGAAGGAUUACUAGCAGACUGUGCUUGGGAUCAGUCAGUUGGUAUAUACCAUAUUUUUAAACCUGGGAAAUCAGAACCACCUACAUAUGGAGGUGCAACUUAAUCAUUCCAUUUUGUGGAGUGCACUGAAAGGAUAGUUUCUUAUUCAGUAGUAAGAAAUUGUGCAAUUGUUAAAAGAUGUUUAGAGUUACUGAAGGAGAUUUGUUAUAUAUUUCUACUUCUGAUUUUCUAUUGUUAAUUAUCCAAUAGAGAGUAAGACAAGUUUGUAUGAAAUGCUUCCAGAUAUGUCAGUAAGAGCACCAGCAUCCGGUUUGUAGAAUGCCGACCGAGUCUGAUAGUAUCUUAAAGCACAAAUAUUUUUCCUCUAUUAGGAAAAAGGAACAAGAACAAAAUGUGGUUUUAGCCUCAAAUAUUAUUAAUGAUGGUAAGCAAUUCUUACCAAGCAGACCAUAAAGAUUAAUGAGAUAAACACAAAAAAAUCUGUAAAUGUAAAUGGGUGUUUUUUCCUCCUAAUAGUCUAAACAUAGUUAGACAAGCUGCCUAUGCAGUAUAUGGUUAUUCAGUGACCUGGUGGAAAAAGGUAUGAAAAUAUAAUUAUGUAAGAAUUAGAAAAUAAAUUUUGUGUUAUAAAAGCAAAUAGGCACCAUCAGGAAAAUUGCCUAAGACAUCACAGUGAUAUCCUCUAAGCCAUCUAUGUGCAAACUAUUAGAAUUCCAUCAAAUCAAAUGACAAGAAAAUGGUAUUUCAUAGUGUCAUUUUCAAAUAUAAGAUUUCA